CUGGCGUGGCAGACGAAGGCGCUCAAGCAGGGGGCGCCGCUGCGCGGCUGGCCGAUUGCGCUGGUGGACAAGGCGUUGCGGAACGUGCUGGCCGAGGGGGUCCAUGUCAAUAAAGGGUGCCAGCGCAACUUGUUCUUGCGCGAGAAGCAUGCCAAGCCCUGGUUCCUGAACGUCCUCAGGGAGGGCAUCGACCCGCUGACUUCGCUCGGCCUCGUGGGCGAGCCAAACUGCGGGAAGACCCCCGUGGGCGCGGCGUACUUGUUCGCCAUGUGCGACCGCGACGCAAGGGUGCAAGGGCUUGACCAAGGCAGGGUGUGCAUCAGGGUGACACCAGAGAUCGGCUUCCUUCGCGGGGGGGCAGGCGCCCUCGCCAUGGGCGGGUUC